AUGAUUUUUAUAGUAAAUUUGCUUUCAAUACUAGCUAAUUCAUAAAAAGUAGCUAUAAUUGGAUGUGGUAUUGGAGGUGCAACAUUAGCUUAAUUAAUACCAACAGCUACUGUUUAUGAAUCAUAUUAUUAAUGUGGAGGUAGAAUAAAUCAUGUUUUAAUUCCUGGAUUAAAUGCAGUUGAAUUUGGAGCUACAUUUUUUAUUCAAGAAAAUCAAUAUGUAAAAAAAUAAAUAGACAAAAAAAAUUUAGAAUUCUAUAAAAGAGAUUUAGGUAAGCUAGGAGUCAUAAAAAAUAAAUAAUUAGUUUUGUAAAAAACUGAUUCUGAUGUGAUUAAUAUUGUUAAAAUGCUUUAUAAUUAUGGUCUUUCACCUAAAAGAAUAAAAGAUAUUACAGAAGAUGUAUUAAAAAAUUUUCAAGAAAUAUACUCGUUUUUAGAAAGAGGUUUAUAUUACAAAAAUCUCAAUGAAUUUUUAUAGAUUAUUAAAUUAAAUGAUAUAAAAAUGAACUUUACAGAAUAUUUGAAUGAAAAUGGAAUUGAUCAAAAUUUUUAAGAAGAAUUUAUAGAUGCAAUUUUAUUAGCAAUUUAUAAUUAAAAAGAUGUUAAUACAAUUGCAGGAUUAAUUUCAAUGGUUGCUGCUUUUAAUGAUGCAUAUUCUAUAAAAGGAGGAAAUAGAUAAAUAAUUGAUGAAGAAAAUAUAAAUGUAAUACAUUCUAAAGUUGAUAUUAUUCAUCGUUUGUAAAAUGGUAAAUAUAGAAUUUUUAAUGAUGAAUAUGAUUAUGUUGUUGUUGCUUCUUUAGUUAAUUUAGAUAUAUCUUUUGAUAAUAUUAGAGAAAUGAAUAAUUUUUAAUAUGCAAAAUAUUAAAGCACUUAUGUAUAUGUAGUAGCAGGAAAGAUUUCUUAAAAAUAUAUUGGUGUAAAUCCAGAAGAUUUGAAUACAAUCAUAAUACUUGAUGAUGUUAAAGUAACUGAACUUAAAUAAGAAUGUGUUAAAUGCUUUUAAGGAUGGAAUAUUUAUAAAGUUUAAGGAAGAGAAGAAUUAUAAUUAGAUUAAAUAUUUGAAACUCAUUAAAUAGUUCAUAAGAAAGUAUGGGAUGCAGCUUAUCCCUUAUUAAGCUAAAGUUUAUUAAAUACAGAAUUUGAAUAUGAAAAGGUAUUUUUUAUAAUUUAAUUUUAAGAAUUUCUUUUACUUAAAUUCAAUUGAAAGUUUAGCUUCAUGUAUGGAACUUAUGAUGAUUUAAGCCAAAAAUAUAGCAAAUAUAAUUAAAGAAAGACAUAAUCAACUAAUCCAUGAAGAUUUAUGA